AUGCCUUCUCUCAUCUCACAACAAUGGCAGGAAAGGACUAGUGGGUUCUUUUCUUCUUCAGGAACGAAGCUUAGGGAAGCAAGACAAUCAGCUGGUGCUUUUGUCGGUGAAGUGGCCAAAGAUGCGAAAGUGAAUGUUACUGAUGUUGCUGAAAGAGUUGGAUCUUUGUUCAAAAGCAGGUGGGCGAUUCUUCAGCAGCCUGCAACUAGACACGCCGUGCAAGAACAUCUCAUAACAGCUGCUGCCACAACCGGGACUUUGGUCAGGAAAGGGUUAACUGAGACAAAGGAAAAGGUUUCCGUUGGAAAGAUCAAAGUGGAAGAGGCGGCGAAAAAGACUGCACAAAAGAGCAAGACACUUUUAACAGAUAUAGAAAGAUGGCAGAAGGGAGUUGCCAGCUCUGAUGUGUUUGGUGUUGCAAUUGAAGUCACUGUCCAGCGACAGGAGUCAACUAGACCUAUUCCGUUUAUACUGAUCAAAUGCGCAGUUUAUCUUAUAUCAACAGGACUCAAUUCACCGAGCUUGUUCAAAACUGAAGGAGACAAAAAGUUGAUCCAACAAUUGGUUUCUGCUUACAAUCAAGAUCAUAGCGCGUUAAUACCUGAAGGAGUGAAUCCAGUUGAUGUAGCUGCCCUCAUGAAAUACUAUCUUGCUAGCCUUCCAACACCACUAACUACUUUUGAGCUUUAUAAUGAAAUCAAAGACGCGAGGUCAAGUGUAAGCAGAAUGAGAAAGCCACUCCAGAAGCUUUCAAGUGUCAACUAUAACACACUUGAGUUUGUAACAGCGUUAUUGCUUCGUGUGAGCCAGAAGUCACAGCUCAACAAGAUGGAUUCACAUAGUCUAGCUAUGGAAAUGGCUCCGGUGAUCAUGUGGAGAGAAGACAAGAGGCCUGAGUGUUAUAGGGAAUACUGGAGACGGCCAUCGAGAAGUCCUAAGAAAAGCAAUGACUUUGAAGCUGCUUCUCCAUGGGACUUGCUCUCAGAUGAAGGAGAAGGUGUAGAUGCAUCUUCAUCAAUCCCUCUAGAUGACAUCGUUCAAGUUGAUUUUGGUGCGGUGGAGGUUGUGCAGUGCCUGAUUGAACACCAUAACGCGAUUUUCACUGAUGCAGACGAGACUGUCACAGCCAUGGCGAGAAGCGAUCUUUGGACUAUUCUCUCUACUCUCCUUCUGUUUCUCCCUCUCCUAUCAGCAGGUGAAGCUGAGUUAGGGAAACAUAAGAAGUUCCCAGUAGUGGUGAGUACUUGGCCUUUCAUUGAAGCGGUUAGAGCAGCUUGGAGAGCAGUUGAUAAUGGAAGCUCUGCAGUAGAAGCCGUUGUAGAAGGUUGUUCCGCUUGUGAGGAACUCCGUUGUGACGGUACAGUUGGACCUGGAGGAAGUCCUAAUGAGAACGGUGAAACCAUGCUUGAUGCUUUACUCAUGGAUGGGGUGACUAUGGAGGUUGGAGCUGUUGCUGCAAUGCGUUAUGUCAAAGACGGUAUAAAAGCUGCAUGGUUGGUGAUGAAAUACUCUCAACACACGUUGCUAGCUGGAGAAGGAGCAUCAGCUUUUGCAAUCUCCAUGGGUCUUCCUGGUCCCAUGAACCUAAGCUCCCCUGAGUCUGUAAAGAAGUGGUUGGACUGGAAAGAGAAUCGGUGUCAACCAAAUUUCAGGAAGAAUGUAGUUCCUGCAAAUGACUGUGGACCUUACAAGCCCAAAAAUGAGGGUGUGGAUGUUUCUGGAGACAUACUCACUGAGUCUUGUGAGAUGGGGAAUAUUGAGUAUGGACCACCUCUGGUUGGUCCUCAUAAUCAUGAUACUAUAUCGAUGGCUGUUAUUGACAAAUUUGGGCAUAUAGCUGUUGGAACAUCCACCAAUGGAGCAACAUUCAAGAUUCCCGGAAGGGUGGGUGAUGGGCCUAUUGUGGGCUCAUCAGCCUAUGCUGAUGAUGAAGUAGGUGGAUGUGGUGCAACAGGAGAUGGAGACAUCAUGAUGCGUUUCCUUCCCUGUUACCAAGUGGUAGAGAGCAUGAGACAAGGAAUGAAACCAGAAGAAGCUGCUAAGGACGCGGUCUCAAGAAUCGCUAGAAAGUUUCCUGAUUAUGUGGGAGCGGUUGUUGCUGUUGACAAGAACGGGUCUCACGCAGGAGCUUGCCAUGGCUGGACCUUUCAGUACUCAGUCCAGGACCCUGACAUGGAUGAUGUUCAAGUCUUCACGGUUCUCCCAUGAGACAGGUUUCUAAGUGAAACGCCACGAAGUUCAUUUCUGCAAAUACGGAACGGCAGCUUGUUUGGGGUAUAUUCUAACAUAUUGUUUCUUUAAACAGAAAUCUGUUCCCCAUUGGCAGAUUAUUUUCCGGAUUUGUCUGAAUUGAUCAGACAAGAAGAUUUCAGACAACAUAAGUAUACAUUGUUGACUUUGUAUAAUUUUUUUUGUAAUUAAAUAUAAAAUAUUUAUUUGUGAAAAUAAGCAUAUAAGGUUAGAGGAAUACCUAAGCAUAUA